UAGAGAAUGUAGCACAGAUAAAGGUUUUUGCUUUCUUUAUGUACUCUCCUUUUUGCUUGGAGUGAGAGAGAAGAGUGCUCGCUCUUUACAUUUCCUGUGAUUCUGAUGGGCACUAAACGUACAGGGUUCCCUUCCACUCUCCACCCGUACAGAGAUAGUCUUCUCCCGUACACAGAUAGUCUUCUCUUAUCAUCCCUUGAUCAAUUCUGUUGUGGAUGCUCAAAUCUCUAGAUACUUGGUAGUCUCUUAGCCACUUCCUCUUCGAUUUGAUCCCUAAAUUUUGUUUAUUCAAUGGGUUCUAGCUCUGGGUUUUCUUCUUUUCUGAUUUUUAUCAAGUAUGCUGGGAAUUAAUUUGUUGUUAUAAAAAAGUAUUUUAGUGUGAUAGGUUACAUUCAAGGCUCUUACUCCGUUUGCUGCUGCUGUUCUUUUGUUCUUGCUUAAUGAGCUUAAUAGUUUUGAGAAUUUGUGAUUCAAACCCGUUUGUUGUCGAGUUAAUUAAGGACUUAAGGUAUGGAUCAAAGACCCGUUGGGAAAUUACUUGAAUUUAUGGAUCCAGAGGUUCUAAAUCUGCUCAUCCUCUUACAUUUCCUUCAUUGAAUUCGCUUCUCUUGGUGGGGGAUUUUGUUAUCAUCCCCCAUAUGAUGAAUUAGGGUUUCGAGUCUGAGUUCAAAAAUUUUCCUUGUUUCUUUGAAAGAAAUUAGAUUUGGUGGUUGGUACCUUCCGGCCAUGGAUUACGGUGGAGAUGUUGGGCAGAUGAUCCCUGAAACCCCUGGCGGCGGUGGUCGUGGUGGUGCAGACAAUUGGGUCCCAGGGUUAGGUGACCAAGCAAUUUGGUGUACUGAGGAUGAUUAUGGAGCUUGGAAUGGAGAUGGCUUUGCUGACACUCCUUCAAACUCGAAUUAUGAUGGAAGGCAAUCUCAAACACGAUCUGGGAGUGAACCUCCCAACAAGAAAACCAGAGGAGAUUCCCAAGGAAGUGGUUUAAACAGAGACCGUGAUCGAUCCAAAGCGAUUGGGAAGAUGUUCUUCAAGACUAAACUUUGCUGCAAGUUUCGUGCAGGGAGUUGUCCCUAUAUCACUAACUGCAACUUUGCUCAUGGGAUUGAAGAGCUUCGUAAGCCUCCUCCAAACUGGCAGGAAAUUGUGGCAGCCCAAGAGGAGGAACGAGGUGUGUCUUCAGAGCCCAGGGAAGAAAACCAGAUUCCAAUUAUUAGUUCUGGUUUGGGUGGAGAGACCCAGAGGUCUUAUAAAGGGAGGCAUUGCAAGAAGUUUUACACUGAAGAGGGGUGCCCAUAUGGAGAUAACUGCACUUUCCUCCAUGAUGAGCAGUCGAGAGCUCGGGAGAGUGUAGCCAUUAGUUUGGGUCCAACUGUUGGUAGUGGCUAUGGUACCAGUGGGAAUGGUACGAACCAGAAGCCUUCGAAUUGGAAGACUAGGAUCUGUAACAAGUGGGAGAUGACUGGGUAUUGCCCGUUUGGAAGCAAGUGCCACUUUGCUCAUGGCUUUGGCGAGUUGCACAGGUAUGGUGGAGGACUUGUGGAGAUGGAAGGUAGAGACUCUUCAACCUCUCCUGACUCAAAGCAAGUUGCAGUGUCUUCAAAGACCCAGACAGAUACUGUAGUUACAUCUGCUACAUCAGUUCCUCAUACAGAUGUUUAUCACAUGGGAGUUCCAUCACAGAGAUCUGCGGCUUUAAUCCAGAGGCAAGGGCAGAGGCCUCUUCAGAAAUGGAAGGGCCCAGACAAGAUAAGUAGGAUAUAUGGUGAUUGGAUUGAUGAUAAUGAGUGGGAACCAGCUCGAUAAUUGGAAUUAGAGUGCUUCACCUGAAAGCAUUUAAGGUAAGACAAUGCUUGACGAAUUGCAAACUGCACAGAGAACCUUUUGGACAAACUGAUGUGGACUGAAAAGUUAAAAAUCAGCAGGAAUCCAUGCCAUGUGGAAAUGGGCUACACGGCUCUAUUUCUGGUUCGAGGACAGCCCUUUUGGUGACUAUGCAUUCUCAUCUGAGGUCUGUCUUGCCUCCAAUUGUUUACUUGCUUUAGGACUUCUACUUUCAGGUUCAGAAAGUUUGGAGCUGCAAUCACUUCUGUAAACUGUUCCCUUUGUUAAUCACGAUUGAAUACCACGUGGCCCUUCAGUUCAAUGCAAUCACUUCUGUAAACUGUUUUCAUUGUUAAUCACAAUUGAAUACAUUGUUGUCAA